AUGAACCUUAAACUUGGUGAGGUAUCAACCAUUGUGGUUUCUUCUCCAGAAGUUGCCAAAGAUGUCAUGAAAACCUAUGAUGCCAUCUUUGCUCAAAGACCCCAUCAAGUUGGUGCAGACAUCAUAUGUUAUGGUUCCACCGACAUUGCCACUGCCCCAUAUGGGGGCUAUUGGAAGCAGCUAAGAAAAAUAUGCUCACAAGAGCUUCUAAGCAACACACGUGUGAGGUCCUUUCGAUCACUAAGAGAAGAAGAAGUGAAGAAUUUAGUAAGAUAUAUUGAGACAAACAAUGGUUCUUGUGUGAACCUCAGUGAGAAAGUGGCUUGCAUGGCAAGUGCCAUCAUUGCAAGAGCAGCUUUUGGUGAAAAAUGUAAGUACCAGGAAGAGUUCAUUUCCCUUGUCAAGAAACUAGUGAAACUGGUCGAAGAUGCCCUUGAAUAUCCUUUGACAAUCGACAACAUUAAGGCUGUAAUGUUGAACAUGUUUGGUGCUGGAACUGAUACAUUAUCCGCAGUUAUAGAAUGGGCCAUGUCAGAGAUGCUGAAAAACCCGAAAGUAAUGACCAAAGCUCAAGAAGAAGUUAGAAGAGUUUUUGGUAACCAAGGAUACACCAACGAAGAAUCACUUGAGGAACUAAAAUUUCUGAAAGCAGUCAUAAAAGAAACAAUGAGAUUGCACCCUCCUUUCCCUCUUCUUCUUCCAAGGGAAUGUAGAGAAACUUGUGAGCUUAAAGGGUAUACAAUACCUGUUGGAACGAAAGUGAUAGUGAAUGCAUGGGCAAUUGCAAGAGACCCUGAGUAUUGGACUGAUGCAGAGAAGUUUUAUCCCGAGAGAUUCAUGGAUUGUAUUUCUUUUGCGGUAUAUAAUAUUGAACUUUGCCUUGCACAACUACUUUACUAUUUUGAUUGGGAACUUCCAAAUGGAAACAAGGAAAACCUGCAAAUGACUGAAGCUUUGGGAGCCUAUUCAAGAAGAAAAACAGAUCUCAUCUUAGUUCCCAUUUCUUACAAUCCUGUUCCUGUUUCAUAA